AUGGCGACGCGAGAGAGGGAGAGAGAUCUAGAGCUCCUCAUUCCUGUCCCAGGAAUCUCUGAGACUGACAUAGGAUCCUCUAAAUCAUCUUCCGCUUCUUCUCCCACUAUAAUUUCCACACAUCACCACUCCGGUCAAGAGGCAUUUUCCAAGGUAAUUCGCAGCUGGGCCUCGAAGAAGUUUAUGUCAGGAUGUGUCAUCCUCCUUCCUAUGGCUAUAACAUUCUAUAUCACUUGGUUUUUUGUCCGCUUUGUGGAUGGUUUCUUCUCCCCUAUAUAUAAUCAUCUCGGGAUCAAUAUCUUUGGUCUCGGAUUUGUUACUUCCAUCACUUUCAUCUUCUUAGUGGGUGUUUUCAUGUCGUCAUGGGUGGGAGCUUCUGUUCUCACCCUCGGAGAAUGGUUCAUCAAGAAAAUGCCUCUUGUAAGCUACAUCUAUACUGCCUCAAAGCAAAUAAGUACUGCAAUAUCCCCAGAUCAAAACUCAAAUGCUUUCAAGGAGGUUGCAAUCAUAAGGCAUCCGCGUGUUGGUGAGUAUGCUUUGGGGUUUAUUACUUCUACGGUCAUACUGCAGAGGAACUCAGAUGAAGAAGAGCUUUGUUGUGUUUAUGUUCCUACCAACCACUUGUACCUUGGAGAUAUUUUUUUGGUCAACCCAAUUGAUGUUUUGAGGCCUAAUCUGUCAGUUCGAGAAGGGAUAGAGAUUGUCAUAUCUGGUGGUAUGUCAAUACCUCAAAUAUUGACUACCAUGGGCUCUAAGGCUACCCUUGCAAGAAUGGGUGGCUUUGCGGGAUCAAAAGUAUAAUGGCUUGCCUUGCAAAGUCCAAUAUUAGUAAAGAGACAAGGAGAAGGAUAAGCUUCGAUUCAUGGUGCCUCGUGGAACGAGCUAAUAGCAGGCUCUUUCUAACGGACUCAUCACGUUUAAAAUAGAUGUAAAUUGACCCAUUACCUCUAUUUGUCCUCCAUAGCCUUGAAAUAAAGGAAAUACAAUAUAGACGCGAAAAGGUUUUCCUGCAGUUGUAGUUCUCUAUUUCUUUUCUAGAGCCCUGUCACUGCUAGUCUGCCACUGCCCUUUUUUUUAUUAAGCUCUCAUUGAGUUUUUGCAGUAAAUAUAUCUGUCUUGAUUAAUGAGAGUAGUAAUAAGGAAGAAAAGUGGAAAGCUAGAAUUUGUACUUUGAAGCAUGGGUUCCAUAAGCUUCAUAUUUAGCUUCCUCAGGUAAUCUAUGGUUCUGUUAACUUGUUAUGCUUUCCUUGUGAGAUUAUCUUGGAUUCUAAAUUUUUUUUGGAUUUGAUCAAUUAC